AUGUCUUCGGCAGCAUCAAUAUCUCAGACAAUAAAACGCAUCCUUCCUCUCAAGAAGUCCGAUCUUCCACCGGUUCUGCGUAAGAGCACGGGAAAUCUCUACCAAGUCUUGUCGCGAACACCAACAGGCGGUGUUGGAUUGGAGGUCCACCAGACACGAUGGAGCCACAAGCAAAUUUCGGAAUCCUACUGGAAAGUAACGCGCUCUCAGUUCAAGUGUGAAGGCAAGCACGGGAAGGCAUGGGGCCGGCUGUAUUGGAAGGGCAAGCUCGUGAGCCCUCGGGAAGAAAGAAUACCAGGAUCCUUGAAGUAUUCGUGGAAGGAAGGACGGUCAAAAGGUGUAGCUCUUUCAACGCCAACAAUGUCCGCGGAAGCGGAGCAGCCUAUGCAGAAUUGA